AUGAGAUUCAUUUCACUUGCCGUAACGGCAGCCUUGCUUGGCUUGACAAGCGCCACGAAUUCUUCAACAUUGGGUCUACUCAAGGCUAAUGGUGUCACGCUGGGAGACUGGGAGGCUGCAUAUGAAAAGGCAUCUGCCUUCGUUGCAGGACUGACUACUGAUCAGAAGCUGGCUUUGAUCACCGGUAGCAGUGUUAGCUCAUCCAAUGGUAACUUCAGUGCUCUAGAGUUCCUUGAUGGGGAUAUGGGUCUUCAGAACUAUUUCUAUGUCUCUGCUUUCAGCUUGUCCUCCGCUUUGGCUAUGACUUGGGACCGCGACGCCAUCUAUGCUCAAGCCAAAGCAGUUGGGUCGGAGUUCUACAACAAAGGCAUUCAGGUGGUUGCUGGUCCUACUUCUCAGCCAAUGGGUCGUACUCCUUGGGGUGGUCGUAAUGUCGAGGGAUUCGGCCCUGAUCCCUAUCUAAAUGGCCUGGCUACUGGCCUGUCUACCAAGGGUUAUGUCGACGCUGGAGUGAUCCCCGGUGGCAAACAUUUUCUCCUUUACGAGCAAGAAACCAACCGGACUUCCAGUGGCGGCGGCGGUGGUGGUGGUGGAAGUGGAGGAGGAAUGCCUUCCGGGGGAAUGGGCUUUGGUGGUUCCAACUCUUCGUCGCCUGGGCCUCAGCCUUCCGGUUCAUUCAGUCGGCGUGCUACUGUCUCCUCGGACUCCGACUCGGCACCCUAUUCCUCCAACGCAGACGACAAAACCUUGCACGAAACAUACCUCUGGCCAUUCUACGAUGCAGUGAAGAAUGGCCUUGGCGCCGUCAUGUGCGCAAUGACCAAAGUCAAUGGCACUUACAGCUGCGAAAACUCGGAUCUCCUGAUGAAGACGCUCAAGACAGAGCUUGGCUUUCCGGGUCUGGUCUGGCCCGACAUGAAUGGGCAAAACAGCGCCGAAGGAUCAGCAUUAGGCGGCGAGGACUAUGGCUCGAGCAGUAUCUGGAGCACUUCUACAAUGAAGACUCUUCUGUCGAAUGGUACCCUCACCGAGGCCCGGUUGAACGACAUGGCAAUCAGAAACCUUAUUGGGUAUUACCAUGUCAAUCUGGACAAUGGCCUUCAACCUGCGAUGCAAGAUCAGGAUGCCUAUGUGGACGUACGAGGCAAUCAUUCCAAGCUGAUCCGCGAGAACGGCGCCAAGUCGAUGGCUUUGUUGAAGAAUGAAGGCACUCUUCCGUUGAAAAAGCCCCGUGUGAUGAGUGUUUUCGGAGCCCAUGCUGGCCCGGUCAUGGGAGGACCGAAUGCUGCCAUGAACGUCGAAGGGUCUGGCCCGACCUACCAAGGCCAUUUGGCCACCGGCACUGGCUCUGGACAGGCAUCUGUUCCUUACGUGAUUACCCCUUACGUUGCCCUAACUAUCAGAGCUGCGCAAGAUGCAACUAUGAUGCGAUGGAUUAUGAACGAUACUUAUAGCUCCAGUGGAGGAUCCACGCUGAUUCAAGAAGGAACUGACAGUACCGCCGUGUCACCCUCGUAUGCCAACUAUGCUACCAACUCGGAUGUCUGCCUCGUUUUCAUCAAUGCUCUGUCAGGUGAGGGUGCUGACCGCACUGAGCUGUAUAACGAGGAUCAAGACACUAUGAUAAACACGGUUGCAGACAACUGUAACAAUACCGUGGUUGUAGUCAACACCGUUGGGCCCCGACUGCUGGACCAGUGGAUUGAGCACGACAACGUGACGGCAGUUCUCUACGGAUCUAUUCUGGGCCAAGAGUCGGGCAACGCAAUUGUGGACCUUCUCUAUGUGAUUGAUUACAAGGUGGAGCUCUGCUACACUGCUCAAUGCAACUUUACUGAGGGAGUCUACAUUGACUACCGCUAUUUCGACGCCAAGAACGUUACUCCCAGAUACCCAUUCGGUCAUGGUCUUUCUUACACCACUUUCAAGUACUCGGAUCUCGCCAUCAAGACCCCUUCUGCCACGACCAAAGCUCCCCGGGGUAACCAUACCGUCGGUGGAAACAGUGAUCUAUGGGACGUUGUGGGAACCGUCUCUGCGCGCAUCACCAAUAAUGGCACGCUUGCAGGUGCGGAAAUUCCCCAGCUCUACCUUGGCUUUCCAGAUGCCGCAGAUCAACCUGUUCGUCAGCUCCGCGGAUUCGAGCGUGUUGAACUACGGGCAGGACAGGAGUCUAUUGUUACGUUCAGCCUGCGUCGUCGCGACAUUUCAUACUGGGACGUGGCUGCUCAGCAAUGGCUUGUUGCUUCUGGGAAAUACCAGGUCUACGUUGGAGCAAGCUCUCGCGACUUCAGAUUGACGGGAGCAUUCUCUUUGAGAGUGAAGGCUUAG